UUGGCGGCGUGUACAACACUUGGCAUUUGGCGGGAAAACGCGAGUCGGGACCUUUUGGAUACUUACUUUUCGGUGUUUAUUUAGUGUCUUAUUAAAAAAAAGUGGAUCUUUCUUUAGUGUUGCAUGCAGUAGUUUUUUUUUUGGCAACAUGUAGGAAGAAGGAAGCAUAUCUCGGUGUUGAGAGUUGGUGUUGCUUGGAGGCUGAUAGUGGUGGUGGGGGGAGAUGAUUUUCUUUUGGUCGUUGUAGGAAGGCAACAUCGCAUCGGUUACAGGAAAUGAAACCUGCUUAGUGUUCCAUAAGAAGAGCAAACAACAUAAACCGUCGAUUGACCGACAUCUACCGGGUGCUCAUCUCGAGAUGAAGAUAAUACUCGGUCAGCAGAUGGAGUUUUCCUAUUUUUAGGAAUAUGUGAAUCACACUCAGUUUUAUGGGGAAAGGGGGGAUGAUUCAGCUAGUGAUCGAUCACUUAUUGUGUACGCUCGCUCUGCAGAGCAGCACUACUCUGGAUUAAAGGUAAUUGAUAUUUUUAUUUUCCUCAAGGAAAAUUUACGGUUGAUUAUCCAUUUCUUGUGAGUAACAGUGAAGUGUUAGUGUUUGGGUAAAACCUUUCAAGAUGAUUAACUAAAUCGAACAUGAUUCGAAGCCGAUUCGAAUGGGUACGACGGAAGAAGGAAAAAAACCUCUAUUAGUUGAAAGGCUUCGGUUCAAUCUUGAGCCAUUGAAGGAAAAGGGUCCAAAGCAUGUCUUCAAUUGACGACUGGAAAAGGUGCCUAGGAAAAUAGGAUUUGUGAUACUAAGCCUGAAAAGAGCUCAGUUUGGGUUGGGGGUGGCAUCGACCCAAACAAGGAAUGCUUGGGAUGUGAAAAGUAUUCUAAAAGAAAUGUGUGAAUUUGUCUAGAUGAGUGAUUGGCAUUCUAAGCAAUCAAAUUAAAUAUUGAUGCAUGUCGGUUGAUAUGGAUUUGCAAUUUUUGGAGUUCAAGGAAAUGAAAAAUUCAACUCCAUCGAACAUGUCAGCUUGAAGUCAGUGAAUGCUAAAGAACAAAAAUCGAUCCCGCUUUAAUUAAGUAAAUAAUAAUGAUGCCGAUGUCUGCAUCAGUGUGCUGGUGAUGCUGGUAGCCAUCUGAAACAGCCGGAAGUGACGGACGUUGCCAGAAUACAGUUCUGCAGUUCACCUUCAUCGAGUCCGUGAAGAGGCCAUCCACUGGUGAACUUCUAGGCAUGAGAAAACGGAAACGAAUCAAACCGGCAAACCGGAAAAGUGUCCGAAGUCAUUGCUCCAGAAAACCGGGAUGAAGAUGCUGCCAAGUGAUAAACGGAGUAGAAGAAGAAAAUGGAUGGGAAGUGAUAUGGAAAAGAAGAACUUUGCGGUCGAAAAUAAGAAGAAAGUGUGCAGUGAAAGAAAGAGAAAUAUUGUGGCCCCGUUUGCAAUUGGCAUCGGUUUCCGAGUUUUCGAUCGAAGCAUCUUGCCGGACAAUAUUGAUUCUUAUUUACGGAUCAUCGCAUCGGUCGAUUUCUUCACUUGUGAUAGGAGAUGAAACAUCUGAUGAAAGCGAAUCGAGUGCAGUUUCCAGCGCAAUCAUCAACAGUAAAAGUGGCAUUGCUUUGCAAAGAAUGAAACCAGCAUACCCAAGCUCGGGAAAGAAUAGAAAAUUCGGAAGUUUACCGAACCAAUUUUCUCAAAAUAUGUGUAUCGCUAGCUAAACCAAACGAGUCAGUUAUUGUCUGUGUGUUUGGUAUGGGAAGGCAAAAUUGAAUUCUUCUGCAAACAUCGGGUGAUACGGGCAGGAAGCACCAGCGAAAAAGAAAAAUCACUAAACACAAAUUUACACUUUCUUGUGAAAACGACGGAAGCUUAUUGUGCGAUCUCAAAGUGGCAACCGAAGUGCAUGUAGUGUGAAUACUAGUGAAAAUAUGGUGAGAAUAAAUCCAAUCAUGGUUGCAAGUAAAGUUUUUCGAAGGAAACAACAAAAAAUCGUUUUCGCUCGUUCGAUGGAAGAACUUUGUAUAUGCCAAUCUACGAGAAGAAUGCUUGAAACGUUUUCGGCAAGCUUACUGAUGCACCUCCGCUCUUUGGUGCUGUGAGUCAGAAAAGUUGGAGCAAAAUCCAUCCCCCAGUUUAGAUAGACAUACCAUAUAUAUUGUACCUAGCAAUUUAUUAGAUAAACGUGGAACCAUAUUUUUAAGACAGUGAAAAUCUUUGUACAAAGUUUCCCCUCAAAAAACCCCACACAAAAUAUUUCACACCUCAUCAAUCAAGCAGAACAGACUCUGCCCCGUCGUCAUCAAUAACAAACGGUUUCAGGAUGAACAUGGACUCGGAUCAUCGGGUGGUGCUAAAUGUGGGAGGAAUCCGGCACGAGACUUAUAAGGCGACGUUGAAGAAAAUUCCGGCCACUCGGUUGAGUCGGCUGACCGAGGCCCUAGCAAAUUAUGAUCCGGUGCUCAAUGAAUAUUUCUUCGAUCGGCACCCGGGCGUUUUCGCGCAAGUUCUCAACUACUAUAGGACCGGAAAAUUGCACUACCCAACGGAUGUAUGUGGGCCACUUUUUGAGGAGGAGCUGGAAUUUUGGGGUCUAGAUUCGAACCAGGUGGAGCCUUGCUGCUGGAUGACUUAUACACAGCAUCGUGACACCCAGGAAACGUUGGCCGUGCUCGAACGACUCGAUUUGGACACGGAAAAGCCCACCGAGGAGGAAUUGGCCCGGAAGUUUGGCUACGAGGACAACUACUUCAACGGUCGUGUCUCCUGGUGGCAGCACAUGAAGCCCCAAAUUUGGUCCCUGUUCGACGAACCGUACAGUUCGAAUGCUGCCAAGAUUAUCGGUGUGAUAUCGGUGUUCUUCAUCUGCGUCUCGAUUCUGUCCUUCUGCCUGAAAACGCAUCCGGACAUGCGAGUUCCGGUCAUACGAAACAUCACCGUCCGGACGGCCAACGGAAGCACAUCGUGGGUGCUGGACAAAACCCAAACCAAUGCCCACGUGGCAUUUUUCUACAUCGAGUGCGUCUGCAAUGCCUGGUUCACCCUGGAGAUUUUGGUUCGCUUCAUCUCCUCGCCGCACAAGUGCGAAUUCAUCACCUCGUCUGUAAAUAUCAUCGACUACAUCGCCACGCUCAGCUUCUAUCUGGAUCUGGUGCUGCAAAACUUCGCCUCCCAUCUGGAGAAUGCCGACAUCCUGGAGUUCUUCUCCAUCAUCCGUAUCAUGCGGCUGUUCAAGCUGACGCGCCACUCUUCGGGACUGAAGAUCCUGAUCCAGACAUUUCGUGCCUCGGCCAAGGAACUGACGCUGCUGGUGUUUUUCUUGGUGUUGGGUAUCGUGAUAUUUGCUAGUUUGGUUUAUUACGCAGAACGAAUUCAACCAAAUCCGCAUAAUGACUUCAACAGUAUCCCGCUGGGGCUUUGGUGGGCCCUGGUCACGAUGACCACUGUUGGGUAUGGGGACAUGGCCCCGAAAACUUACAUUGGAAUGUUUGUGGGAGCGCUCUGUGCUCUGGCCGGGGUGUUGACGAUCGCACUUCCGGUUCCGGUCAUCGUCAGCAACUUUGCGAUGUACUACUCGCACACUCAGGCGCGGGCUAAACUGCCCAAGAAGCGUCGGCGGGUCCUGCCGGUGGAGCAGCCCCGGGCCCCCCGAAUGGCAGGACAACCAGGGCAAACGAUUCCGGGAAUGCCGGGCUCUGGCCCAAUGGCUCGCCGAAUGAAUCAGGGCAAGACAAAGGAUCUUGGACCGAAAAUAGGUCCUAUCGGUGCCAGUAUCGUGGCCAUGUGUCCCAAGAACGUCGGCCUGCACACCAACCCUGCCCUCGCAAUGUGCAAACCGACCUUCGAAGUGCGACCUCCGACUACGACGACGACGAUGACGAUUAAUCCGCCAAGUCUGAUGGCCACGCCCUCGUCAAUGAAUCCAUCGGUGGCGUCCGGAGGAACAGGUCAAGGUGCAGCACUGAUACCCCGGGAUCCAGCUCCAGUUGGCGUCCUCGUCGGUGCCAAAUUGAGUCUCAAUGUAAACCUCAACAACAAUAACAACAACAGCAGUGUGGUUAAUGCUAAUGGUAAUGUAAAUAAUAGCAGCAGCAACAACAACAACAAUGGAAGUAACAGCAACACCAAAUGAAGUCAACCGAACACCAGAAGGAAAAGACGAAGGAAAAAACUGACUUGGAAAGCCAGCCAGAUUGUGCGAAAACUCUCUCGGGCACUCGCUCGAUUAUUAUUGGUGGGAGGAGAUGAUUCAUAACAACAACAACUUUACCUUUGCCGCUUUUCCAUUUAGGGAUUAGUCGUGUGCUUUCAAGUGCAUGUUAACUGCUUUUGUUUCGAAGUUUUGUUCCUUCUCUUUCUCCAAGCAUAGCUUUGUACAUUUUUCCGAAACAGUUACAGUCAGAUUUCCCAGAAGGGAUUAUAGGUAGAUUUUAUAUGUAAAUAGAACAAAGUAAGCGAUAAAACAUUGUGUACAUAUUUUGCGAAGACAGCAACUUCUAGCUUUCAUAUAGAAUCGAGCCAAAAGGGCAUUCGAAUAACGAACUGGUGUGCAACUUUCGGUUUUCAGCUGAACUAUUCUAGCGGGUAAGGAAUUAGUUUCUAAACUAUAUAGGUAAUACAAGUGUUCUCAAAGAGAAUCUUCAGGCGUGUUCUUCAUACAGCUCAAUUAAGAACGAUGUGGAAAUCAGAACUUACUUUUGAUUUAGAAAUUUUGUUAAAUUCAUAUAGUUAAGAAAUAAUAAUUCAAUAAUCAUUGAAAAAGAUACUGAAAUGUCAACUUAUACCCCUUCGAUUGUCUGAUAAUGAAUCUAUUGGAAAAAUCUCUUCGAAAGACAAAAUUUCAAAAAAAAAAUUAGCACAGUAAAAACCCAAUUUUUUUUUAAAUAUUUCACCAAAAGAACAAUUUAAUACUCAGGAUUAGUUAAUACUUAUGUUAUGAAUUCGCUUUGGUACAUUUACUAAUCCUAUUUUGUUUAAGGUGACGGAAAGUAUAUAUCAAAGAAUGAUGAAAGGACAUAAGCCGUUAAUAUCAUGAAUUUAAAAAAAAAUACACGUGAUGUUACGAUUCUUACGAAUCCCACUUCAGAGAAUCACUCAGACUUGUCUGUCACUCACAAGAAUAGAUCAACGACACUUUGUUUUGUUUGUUUUGCCAAGCGUUUCCAAAAUAUAAAAUGCGUACACGUCGAGCUUCGCCGAUCAACUGCUGGACCUUCUAUCGAAAACCACUAUGUAUACAGGGUUGCCAAUGUGCCGGAUUUUUCAGGAUUUGCCUGAUUUUUCGAGGUCCAUCCUGAAAACCUGAUAAGCUUCCAUGAACUCUUAAUUGAUUUUGCCUGAUUUUCUAAUUUUUAUGGAAAAUUUUAUGUUUCUAUAAACAGAAUAAUGUACAUUUUAACCUUUAUCCCCCCUAAAACGUCAAUAUGACACUAUUUGAAGUUUGGAGGAUUUAAACUUUUUGCAGACGCACGCAAAUUAAAAAAAACAUCUUUUGGGAUCCCCAAUGAAUUCAUAAUACGCUCCUUGAAAGCCGUAAAAAAAUUCCUUAAGGAGUCUAAAGCUGGGAUGCAGCUCUCGAGACCUUCUUUUGCGGCCCGGGAAGCUUUUUUCAAAUUAAAUUUAUAUCUCAACUAGUCCGUUUUAUGAUACGUCAGUGACUUGAUCAUAUAUAUACUUCAAUUGUUUGGAUUUGCAUUUGCCCCACAAUCAUUCUAGUAUUUGUUGUGUUCUUCAGAAGCCAUAAGUGCAAUAUUAUCUAUUUGCGAAGUGUAAAGUUGAGAUUUUUUUCAUAAUUAAGAUUAAAUAUUUCUUCUAUUCUUCUGAUUUUUUUAAUAUUGAAUUAUCACUUUUAAAUUUGCAAAGAUUAUCGCAGGAAUUUUAAAUCUGUUGACACCCUUAUCAGAACAUGAGUAUCAACUUGACACUUCUCGCUUAAAACCGCUAUAUCUAUCUUUUUUGUCAACCGAUUUUUCAAAAUUUAAAACUUUAGAAAACCUCGUGAUGUAAUUCAAAUGUGUCUCUCUCUCUCUCUCUCUCUCUCUCUUAUAUCACCUUCAACAUUUCAGUUUUCCAUCAUUCAAAAUCCAAGAAAAAAAAAUAUUCGAAAAACAUGGUUCGGAAAGAAGACUGUAUAUCAGCUACGGAAUGCCUAAAAAAAUUAACUUUGUGUCCAAGAAAACUGUAGAUAGAAGCUAAACGUUGCAGAUCUGGAUAUAUUGUUUUGAAAUUUUUAAGAUCAUGACCCCAGAAAUUGUAAAAAAAAAGUGGUGUGAAAACAGUACUUUUCAAUUAAUGAAUCCUCAAAAUUGUUUAAGUCAUACCAGAGAAAUUUUGAAAAAAGGAUUUGAAACUUUGAAAGUUGACGUAAUUUGGGCACAAUUUUACAUCUUUAGGUUUUCAAAAUACGAAACACAGAAUUUUCGACGAAUUUUCAUACAUAUGUAGCUGUUUUUUUAACAUUUUGUCAAGUUGCCAUUCCUAAGAUUUUUUUGCACUUAAAUUCAAUUUUCCACUUGAUUUUGCAUAUAUUCACGCAAGAUUUCUCUUAUUAAUUUGUAUUCACUAGAAAGGCAAUUUUAUAACGAUUCUAUUGGUGAAAAAAUAUGAAGUGGUGAAAAAUAUUAAAAAAAAUAAUUCAGUAACAUUACGAGGUUUCACCAUGAUCGAUAACUAGACCUUUUUAUAUGAAAGACAAAAAAGUAUUCAGUUCGGCUUAUUUUAUUGAAGCUUGAUUUAUCCUGAUUUUUAUAGUCACGGUUUCCUGAAUUUUGGAGAGAAAAAAAUGUUGGCAACCAUGCAUGUGAUCUAUCCCACUAUUGAUCUCUCUUGUUUCUCUAUCACCACCAACGUUGCCACAUAAAAAUGUCUACUUUUAAGCAAAAAAAAUUUUUUUCAUCUGUACUUUUUUGAAAAAAAUCUGUACCAACAAUAUAUGAGUACUCAGUGGAAUUUUAACAACAAAUUUCUUAAUUUUUAACAACACAAGUGUUUGUAAUUGACACAGUUUGAAAAAAAAGUUAACCGUUUCGCUGAUAAACUAUAAGUAUUUCGUUCAGUCAGAAUCAUUUACCUGGUAUAUUUAAAGCCGCAGUUCUAUGAAUAAUGCUCAAUGAAAAAUAUCUGUACAAAUCUGUACCAAAUAUCAAAAAACCUGUCAUCUGCACUUACAGAAUCUGUACUAAUAAUGAGUUCAUAAAUUUGUACUUUUAUAUUUAGAUACAUCUGUACAUGUGGCAACCAUAAUAACAUGCGUGCGUGCACAUGGUCGAUUGCUUCGUGCUUGCUGCAACUCAUGGUCCAAUGUUACGGCUUAUAUUCUUUCCUGUUUUGAUACCUCAUGUUUCUCCAAUUCUCUCGAUCACCUUCGAAAAAAAAUCAGGAUUAGUAUUUCUAUGAAAAAUAAAAUUAAUUUUGCAUUUUCGGCAAACAUCAUUCUGAAAAUUGGGUUCAACAUUCAUUCAAAUUAUAAUUUGCAAGGAAGAAUUUACCCAUUCAGUUAAAAUAAAAAUAUUGAAAAUCUCACCCUAAAAUAAGCUCUUGUCCAAUGUUUCGCGGAGAAGUUUCACUCAAGCGGGAAGUUGAAGUGAAAGUUAAGACAAUUUUACUAGACUGAGUCAAUUUGGGGUCAUUUUUGAAUUUCUCCAACACCGGGGUUUGAGAAAUUCAAAAAAAUGUCCCAAAUCGAAUCAGUCUAUUUUUCAUGCCUUAACAUAUUAAGUUUGUUUAUCAAGUUUAGUGAUGAAUUUUCAAAGAAACAAAUAAAACAGAAAGCAUUCAAUGUGAUAUACGUAGAGUUUAAUAUAAAAACAAAGGUCAAGAAAUGAAUACUUUAAAAAAAACAUUACAUUAACGCUAAGAGAGAUUUGAUUCAUAUUUAUAAAGCGGAUAAGUCAAAGAAGAAUAUAAAACAAGUGUGUAAGCUUACGUCAAACUAUGGAUGCUAAAACUAGCAGUGCACGGCUUUCGAAUGAUUCUGACUUGUGAUUUUCUGAACCAAUAAAUGCCAAAUCGAUGCAUGCAAAACAUAAACAAACAUAUUUUUUUCAUUUAGUGUUUUAGCUAGUAAUUUUAAAAAGAAACAUGCAACCUUAAAUAAUUCGCAACUUUUUAUUUAAAUUAAAAGGUAACAAAAAGAUUCCGGAAAAAACUGCCUUUUUUCAAGUUAUUUCUAC